AUGGACACAACACCUGAUCACUCGGCUGGAUCCCAAGUCUUCAACACAACAGAAAUCCUCGAACUCAUCCUCGCCCAGCUACACGUCCGGUACUCACUUCACCUACAAGCCGUCUGUCGAUCAUGGCGUGACAGCAUCCAAACCUCACCAGCAACCAAAGAGGCUCUCUUCCUACGGCCACGGAAACCAAACAUCGUCUACUUAUCCUCCGAGCGAGACGGUACGACCAUGCCCGAAUGGCCAAAGCCGAAAAUCACGGAGCUCGGUGACCUCGUGCCUUAUGAAGAGGCCAAGGCUUCCGGACAAUCCUUCCUCAUACCAGCUACCGUCAAUAAUCUGUUACCAUAUCGACAUAAGCAUAUGAACACGAACGGUAGUUGGAGCAUAUGCGAUCGUGUACACCCGGAGGGCCUACAACCCAACACUUCUUUCGCCGUCAGUCUUGCAGCUCUACGAGCCGUACAUCCUGUGCACAGACAGAUGUUUCUAAGUCAACCACCAAGCAAGCGGGUGGAGGUUGAUUACAACAGACGUAUCGUCAGCUUGGAAGACGACAAAGGCAUCACGAUAGCGAAGCUACUGGAGUAUUUGGAGCAGAAUCCUGCGCCGCCACACGCCGACGUCGGGUUGUGGAUGAGAGAUGUGGUAUUCAUGCGCCCGGAAAAGAUCAAUUCGCUGACAGCCACCAUUUAG